AUGGAAGACUAUUCAAAUCCUUUUGACGCUCCUUUUGAGAUCAGCAAUUUUGACCAGCCUGGCAUUCAUCCUUUUAUUGGCUUACAAGAAUCUUUAGAUUCCCCUGAUCCCGAGAAAUUUACGCUUACUUCCGAAGUCCUUCGAAAACACCAGGACUCGCAGCCAAAAUUUUCAUUUCUUCACAAAUUUUUACACGAUCAGCGCCAUGCGGCUGGCUAUAAUUCUCCUGAAGCCGAACAUCAAUCUCAUGAUAGAAAUUGUUUUCCAAAACCAGCUAUAGAUGCUAAAACUAUAAAAUCUGAUUAUAUUGAUUCUCCUCAAGGGAUUAUGUCUCCAGAAAAAGAAUUGCAGGCAUCGCUUAACUACUCUGAUUUAAAAUGCCUUGAGGACAUUAGAAAGAAAAAAUUAUUAGAGCCAGUACUUUCUAUUUAGAUCAAAUUUAAUGUUAUAGUUGUUGGGGAUUCCGGGGUCGGAAAAACCUCAUUUAUAAAUACUUUUUUAUCUAUGAAAUUUAAUAGAUUUGUUCCUGAAGACUUAGAUAAUAAAAUGAGUAGGCCAACGAUUAAAAUAGAACAAAAUUCAGCUAUAAAGGUGGCUGGCGAUUUAACUUAUAAAGUUAAUAUGAUUGAUACUCCUGGCUAUGGAAAAGCUAAGAAUUUUUCUAUAUGGCUAAAAGGUAUCAAAAACUUUAUAAUUCACUCUGCGACCCAAUAUAAACAUGCUAAAAAAUCUAUACUGAAGCCAGAAGACACCAGGGUACAUCUAUGUCUAUAUUUUAUUGAAGGCCCAAGAUGUAAAGAGCGCGAUCUCCGUGCUAUGUUCCAGCUUCAAAAAUAUGUACAAAUUAUUCCAAUUCUUGCAAAGGCAGACUCAUAUCAAUCAAAAGAAGAAAUAGAGGGCGUCAAGAGAAAUCUCAUUAACGAAAUUUUUAAUAGUGAAAUAAAACUUUUUGACUUCAUGAGUGCUUUAGGAAAUGACAAACAUCUAAUCACAAACGCACCGCUACAGCCCCUCCCACCAUUUGCUGUUAUUUCUGCUGCACAGCUAAUUGAGACACAAUCAAAAAUUAAAUAUGGACGAUCUUAUCAAUGAGGAUUUUGUGAUAUUUCUGACAAAGAAACGUCUGAUUUUUCAAUUUUAAGCAAAUUCCUUAUGGGGUAUUUUGUUGAUUAUGCAAUUGGUGCAGCAAAAAUAAUCAAUAAGAACAAUUUGAGAGAAAUUAAAAAUAAAGUUAAUGAUACAAAAAAGAAUGCGGGCAUAGAGUCGAUGAAAAGUAAGCUGCUGAAAGGUAUGGUAUGAGGAUUGUUUGGGCUAAUUUUGAAAGGGAAUUAA